AUGCCCUCUCAUCUCGCAUACCAUGAAAUGCCCACUCCGGAAAGCAGACACCACUCCAUCGACCUUUCUAUCCAGCUUGAAUAUGAACUCGACACAGAAAGUCUCCCUCCGACACCUGCAAACCCGCCACAACCCGAGCCCACCCCUCCAAUCCAAUUGCCGGACAUUGACCCUUCUGUUCUGGUCCAUAUCAUUGGCCAGCUGCGAAUUCAACUCACAGACAUGACAAAGGAGCGCGACGACCUCCUCGCCCUGUUGUCUGCCGCCCAUGUGAAAGAAGCAGAGCUCCAAGACGCCUUGUCGCAUAUUACCGACAAGGCCAUGUCUCUUGAUGAAGCCCUCUCAGACUCCCGACGAAGAAACAAAGACGAUGAGGAGGCUAUCUCCAUGUUGCGGACUAAGGUUGAGGAGAGCAGACGGGGUCUAAUGCGAUUGCAAGCUGAAAGUAGACGGCAAAGCUCGCAACCUGGAACACUCGAUAUAACCCGGGCAAAUACUCCUUCCGCCUUCUCCUUAGGGCCUGUUUCAUCGAAACGCGCCUCAUUUACACCGCUCACUGGUACAUUCGCGGCUCAAUCAUUUGUCGCUCGGCCAAAUGGCCACCGCCGCAUUUCUUCUGUGUCCGAUUCAACAAUCGAGACCUCGUCUUUGCCCCUUGUCCUGGCAGCUCCUUCUGCAAGCAAUAACCGCCGUUUGUCAGGGUUGUUUGGCCGUACAUCUCCUCCACAACCCCCAUAUCAAACACUCGCUCCUUCAGAUGAAGUUGACCGACUUCAGAAACAAGUGAAGACUUUGCAAGAUGCCUUGGAUGAGACUCGACAUGAUUUAACCGAGUCAAAUGAGGCGAGGGAGGCGUCGGAGACUUGUGUCACUGCCUUGCGAGAGUUCAUUGCGGAGAACAAUAUCGGUACCAGCGAAGUCAAGCUGCCGCCUUUACCAGCGUCGACCACAGGGGAUGAGGAGCCAGAUACGCAAAAGAAAGGCUGGGGUGCAUUCAAGUUGUGGAAAGUUGACACAGCGGUGAAUCGAAUCAGCGGCCCUUCUUCGGCAACAACAGCCACCGCAUCACCGAUUAUCCCUCCCACUCAACCCGCCGCUUUAUCACGCAAGUUGACUGGUUUCUUCAGCUCAAGGGCCAGUAUCACCUCGAUUCCAUCAAUAGCGCCUCUCCACAACCGGGCAAACUCGGUUUACAGUUCGUCAGAUGUCUCAUCGUUGUCAGAGCCAAUCAGUCCGACCACAAAUGAGCUUGUGGCAGACAUUCACGUUCGAGAUGCCACUGGAGGGUCACCAGAACUUGCUCAAGUAGGCUCGGAGACAGUUGAGAAACGGCCACUGGAGGACGAUAGUAGUUUGCGCUCGCGGGGAUGUGGAGCAAUCUGCCCCGAUGGCAGUCUCACAACCGGCCAGGGCAACCGCUUCGUCCUCGCGUCUACCCAAGAGUUGCACGAAAAGAUUGGGGAGCUUGCUAAUCGUGUCAGGGAGCUAGAAGAUGCUCUCCGAGUCUCCCACUCUCAUAUCUCCAAUGACGGCCACCCUUUGCUUACAGAAGAGCUCUUGCGCAUAAAGGCGCCACUUCAACGAGAGGUACCCGCUCUCAGAAAUAUUCCACACUCAGCCCAAGACGAAGAACAUAACCCUGAUGUCGUCGACGCCUUUGGUUCACUGUCCAUCAGCAUGUCUGGGGGAGCGAAAUACUUUGGUACAACUGCCAACUCCUGGUACUUCCUACAGAAUGAGACAGCAGAGGAGAACGAACCGGAGAGCAACAAUCUCAAGAGCUUACAAAAUGUGCUUCCUAGCCAUAUCCUCACCCGCGCAGCUGCCUUUCCAAUUUCACCGGUUAUCCCUCCCGCUGAAGACGGCGAUCCACUUCGAACUCUAUUCUGGUAUCUCCCGCCAGCAGCAAAAGCAGCGUCUUUGCGCGACAUCUACUUCACUCAUGCGUCUUGGAUGUACGCUCCUAUAUCGCCGGAGUCUUUCGACGAGGUCUACGCUCAAUUUUAUGCUCCAAACCCUGCUAUGUCGACCGAACAGCCUCUCCUUACUCACCGUCUUGCAUUGAUGUUCAUAGUGCUCGCUAUCGGGCAACUCAUGGACACCAAUGAACCCGCCUACAACCUCGAAGCGGAGAAGUAUCAUCAACUGGCCCGCGCCGCGCUUUUCCUCCACUCUUUUUUCGACCAUGCCACAAUCAAUACAGUACAAUGCCUCUUCCUGAUGGCCUUUUACCUAUUCCUCAGCGACCGUCACGGGACCGGUUCGGGUGCGCGAUGGGCAAUUAUGGGCAUCGCUGUCAAAGUGGCUCAGAGUAUUGGACUACAUCGAGAUAGUGGUCGGUGGAAAGUUGAUGUCGUAGAAACCCAGCGGCGACGAGAGUUAUUCUGGGAGCUGUACGUUUAUGACAGCUGGGGAGCCUGGACAUUGGGACGCCCAACAUCAUUCACCUUGGCACAUGUUGACUGCAAGAUGCCCCAUUCAAAUGAGCCACCAGAAGAUCAAGCUUACCAUAAUUGGAAGCAUCGUUUCGUUUCAGAAUGCAUGGUCCAUCUCCAUGACCAGGCAUUCGGCGCUCGGACCCCAACCUAUGCGACUGUGUUACAGCUUGAUCGUAAAAUGCGUGCCUUCCCUGUGCCUCAAAUUCUGCAGGUAGCAGGCUUUGGCAACUCUGAACCGAGGACUGGUGGCUUCCAGGACUCCAUCAUGCUGAUUUUGCAACGCCAUAUCGUUUUGGCAAUUCGAGAAAUGAAUCUCUUAUACCUCCAUCGUAGCUUUUUUGCGCGUGCUAUCAGCGACCAUCCAAAAGACCCUUUGGGCAGCCCAUAUGGAACCUCAGUUAUCGCUGCGUACAGAAGUGCGGGUUCGCUGGUUGCGCUUAUGCGAAACCUUCAUAACCAAGUCACCGAAUUGAGUUCAAGAAUAUGGUUUCUCUGGGGUCACACCUUCAGCUCCGCCAUCAUCCUUGGAAGCAUUGUUACUCGAUGUCCUUCAAUGAGUUUGGCCCCGUCCGCUUUGGUCCAACUUGAUUCAGCCUGUGAGCUAUUUUCCAAGGUAGCUCACGGGUUUCGCGCAGGAAAAGUUCUCAACAUCAUGUUACGGUUGCAAGAAAAGGCACACAGCAGUCUAGAAGACUACCGGAAGGGGAAGCUUUCGCCCUCCAUCCGACGUAUUUCGAUGGAGUCUGCUGUUGAGGACAACGAUGAAUUGUCAACACUGGGUGGGAAGACACGAUUGGUGGCUAAGAAGGAAACAAUGUCACCUCUCAUGCUGGAUCGGUCUCCGACAUCACACAACCCGGUGGUACCACUGCCACUUUCCCCUUCCAUGAACGACCAAGUUCAUCCAAGCGUCGUCGAGUAUUUGAACACAUUUCACCACCCAAUGGCCAAUUCUUAUUCAGACGUUGAAGUUGAUUUGUCACCAGUGUCGAUGUAUGGCAUGUCCGCCAUGUCCUACCAUUCCGAUUCCACUGGGUCGUUUGCGUCUAAUUCGCCCACACAACAACAACAACAAGCAAUGUUCCCCUCCGCUCGGCCUAUGGGCAACGGCAACUCGACUCAAGUGACUUUCCCCCAAUAUUUCCCGGUCUACGAUUACAGGAUGUCUGAACCAUACGCUUCUGACAUCCCCAUUCUCGACAUGAACCCCGUACCUCCAGGCCAACGUCGCUCGUCGGGAUCACCUGAUGCAGGAAAUAUGCAGACCUCAAUUUGGAACGACUUUGUGGGCGACGUCAUCAACUGA